AUGCUACUGUCGUCUGCGGAACAGCGCGUGCUCGACAGCUUUCUGCUUGAAAUGGACGUGUCCGAUUUCGCUCCUGACACGCUGAAGAGCAUGAAACGCGUGGAACCCAAGCGCAAAGCAAACACUGCAUCGCGUUCAUCCACGAAGAAGCUAAAAUUGUCAUGGGAGCGCCGCAGAGAGGAAUUGCAGACUCUCCGAGCUGAGGUGAAAGCGUUGCACGAGUACAAAGUAAACUUGGAGCUACAAGCAAUCGGAAACUUGCAACAAGAAGCUGAAACUCGAAACCGAUGGAAAAAUGCUGCUGACAUGGAGAAACAAUGGUGCCAGCAAGCACAAGACACAAAUACGCAGUUGAAAAGCAAACUGCAGCGUUGCAUGCAAACUUGUGACAGUCUCAAGACAACGAUCAAUGCGUCACUAACGAAAGUAAGCAUCAACUCCACGUUGCAGGAUCUAAAAAUUGAGCACAUCGACACUGCCGGCCCAAUGCUGUUCAACCUGCUCGAACAGAGACUGAACAAGAGGGUCCACGAUCUACGCGACGUGUACGUUGCAACGUCCAACGCUAGCACCGACUUCGAUCUAGUUCAAGUGCAUCGUGGAGGUGGAGCGCAGGGUGCCUCAGCGCUGGAAUUCAAGCGUACGCGUCUACUACCAUUCACGGCCACCGUGACAGCAAACACAGUGGGGGAUGUGAUGAAGCUCGGCGUUGUAUCGGACGAACGCUGUGCUCACGCCUACAUGCGCUCUGAGCGUCACAAGGGUGUUUAA